AUGGUUGGCCAAAGGACUAAAAUUUAUCAAAUGAGCAAAUCGGAGCUCAUUAGUGAAUUAGAGAAGAAAGGACUUUCCACCGAAGGAAAAGUCCCAGAGUUAAAAAAUAGAUUAUUAGAAGCUCUCAGUAACACAGGCUCCAAAUCGAGUAAAAUUAAUACUCCGAGUCAAAGUAGUCGACCGAGUCGAACGGCGAGUAUUGAGAGAUCAGUAGGUGUUAAUAAGAGUAGGCAAUCAGAUGGAGGGAUUCCUGAAGAUGCUGUGGCUACUCCAAGGAAACUGAGACGCGCAUUGGGUAGAACUGCGAACGCGAGUGCUGAUGAAAAGAAUUUAUCAACCCCGCGAAAAGACACAAAAGCACCACCGGAAAUUGACCCAGAAGUCAUUGUGCAAUACGCUGAUGAGAAUGAGACCACGCCUAUUAGAGUGCCUGGAGGUGGAAAAGCGAAGAAGAUGGAUGAAGAGUUCAUUGAUCCGAAUGACAUACGGAUUAAGAACCUCAUCCAGCAACAUCGUUCACGUCAUAAUAAAGAGAAAACUGAUAAGGAGAAGGAGUCGAGAGAUCCAACUCAAGUCAGACACAGAGAAAAUCGAGAACGUCACUCGAGGAGUCCGAGUGAGAGGGACUUUGGGGAUGAUUUAACAGGCAUUUUCAAACAUCCAGAUGAUAUUGAGGACAGAGAGCAAGAAGAAGAAAAUAGACUCUGGGAACAAUACAAAAGACAGUUUGUUAACCGGAGGAGCUAUCAACCUGAUACUCGACAAAGUGGACAGAAUAAAAGUCACGUAGAUUUCACAACUGAAGAGUUGGAGAUCAUGCGAGAACUUGAAAUUAAAAAGAUUAGGGACAAGAUUCGACGUGAAGAAGAAGGCCGUAUGAGGGAAGCUAAGGUUCGAAUGGAAUAUGAAGUGCGGACUGAACUCAGACGGGAAUACGAAGAAGACCUCCGCAGGGAGAGACAAAUGAUAUUGGAGGAAGAGCAAAGAAAAUUCGAAAAGUAUAAAGAGUAUCAGAGGAAACUGGAAGAGGAAAAACUGAGUGGUGAGACAGAGCGUCUGAGGAAAAAUUAUCAUGAUGAUGUUGAGUACAAAAUGUCUGCUAAACCGCCAACACCAGCUCCUAGACGAAAAUUACACUAUUCUCCAGAGUACAGAGAAAGGAGUCGUGAUAAUUACAGGGAAAGAAGUCCGGAGAAGGAUAGAUUCAGGGAGAGAUACACUUAUGAUCGACGUGAUGAUCGGGGAUGGUAUCGAUCUGAGGAUCGCGGGUCAUACGGAUGGGAUGAUGGGAAACAUUUAAAUCCGGUCGAAUUAAUCAGGAAAUGGGGAAUUACGUUUGACGGGGAGGAGAGUGUGCUUAAUUAUGUCGAGAGGGUGGAAGAGUUAAGUCUCUGCUCUGGAAUCCAUAAGGACAGACUACUUAAGUAUAUUCCGGUAAUGUUUAAGGGUGUAGCACUGCUUUGGUUUAGGAAUAAUUUCAAGUUCUGGAGAACUUGGAAUGAAUUCAUUAUUGACUUGAAAAAGGCCUACUUGCCCAAAGAUUUCGAAUUUCGGAUGGAAGAAGAAAUCAAUGCAAGGAAACAAAAGUCUGGGGAACGUAUUCGUGUCUACGUCACUGAAUUAUUAACACUCAUGAGACGUCAUGGAUCAAUGUCUGAGGAGAAGCAAUUGUACUUUUUGUAUCGGAACUUGGCAGAACCGUACAAAAUGUACAUUAAAAAGACUGCUGCAGUCAGCAUUGACGCCAUACUCAAAGAAGGAACGGAUUACGAGAAUGACAUUUUGAAAUUGGAUAAGGACAAACAUCCAACACUGGAAAUCCCAUCAAAGAAGGAGAAAAAGAAUCAGCCAAGAGAAGAGCACAAUAAUCAGGAGAAAGAUAAGAAAAAGAAAUCGGUAAAUGCAGUUGCUGCAGAGGAAAAAUAUGUCAGUAGAGAACGUUGUUGGAAGUGCAGACAGAAACGACAUGAGAAUGGAGUGUGUAAUAAUCCACCAGUCAAGUUCUGCAUGUUCUGUGGUAUCCUGGGUAAGUGGACGACGGAAUGUUCUUGUCCUAAACCUCGUUGGUGGACUGAGAGAAGACAAGCUGGAAGGGGUGCUGCUAGAAAUAAUCAGAAUGCUGGUGCAGUGGUAUCCAAUUCUGCUCCUGUUUCUGGUCAGGCCUCAGCUACGUCUAAUCAACAGGCACCAGUUGUGAAUCAGAAUGCUAAUAGUCGU